AUGACGGGCCUAUUGUUUAAAGCACAAAAAUACAUAAAUGGGGAAGAUGCACUAACUACAAAGGGACUGAUGGGUAAGCGAAAGAAGGAAGAAAACGUUGAGUCCCAAGGUAAGAAGAGGGAUCGCAAAGUUAAUCUCACAGAAGCCAAGACCAGCAAAAGUGGUCUGGAGACAUCAUCAAAGAAAAAGUUGAAUUUCACUCAUUUGUUGAUACCCGUGGACAAGAUUCUCAUGAGAGAUACAAAGAAGUACUAUCGCUUCCAUAAGGACCAUGGUCAUUAUACUAACAAGUACCAAGAUUUGAAAGAACAAAUAGAGAAGUUGAUCCAGAGGGGAAAACUUCAAAAGUUUGUUAAGAAAGAUUAUCAAGCCCGCCAGCGAACAGAGGAGAAGUCUACUAACAACCAUAAGGAAGAAUAUCGGGACAAUCUCAAGCCGAUCGUGGGAGAGAUAAAGACGAUCACCGGAGGGCCAGUCGUUAAGGGAUCAUAUAAGUCCCUAAGAAAGGUAGUCCAAAGGCAAGUAAACAUUGUUCAUAUCAAACACCCAAUAGCAAAACAUCAUCGUACUGGGAAUUACGACAUUGUUUUCUCCGAGCGAGAUGUGAAGGGGAUCAAGCAGCCACACAAUAACCCCCUUGUCAUUAUGCUAACCAUUGAAGGGUACAACACUCGAAGAGUGCUGGUGGAUAAUGGAAGCUCAGCAGAUGUAAUGUACAUAACGGCUUUCCAGCAAAUGAAGUUGGAUCCAAAAUGCCUUAGACCCUUCGGAUCCCCGCUGGUCAGUUUCAAUGGAGACCGUGUUUAUCCAAAGGGCAUCAUUUCAUUGUAG